AUGUCCCCCCGACCCUCUGGUGACAUCGAGACGGCCGAUCUGGGCAAAUCCCACGUGGAUAAUGUCGAGGUCGUGGCCAAUGCAGACAGGCCAAACCCGAGGAAAGAAGCCCCAGCCUAUGUCGCUGGGUUGACUCCAGAGGAGCGUGAGCAGGCCGAGAAGGCGCUUGUCCGCAAAAUCGAUAUCCGCUUGUUGCCCAUGAUCAUUAUUAUGUACAUCCUCAACUACCUGGAUCGCAACAAUAUCGCUUCGGCCCGUUUGGCAGGUCUUGAAGAAGAUCUUGGUCUCGUCGGCAACCAGUACCUGACCUGCGUUAGCAUCUUGUUUGUUGGUUACUUGUUGAUGCAGAUUCCCUCCAACUUGAUGCUCAACAAGUUCGGAAAGCCUGCUCUCUACUUACCUUUGGCCAUGAUGACGUGGGGUGUCAUCUCGACUCUGACCGCGGCAGUCCAGAACUACGCUGGCCUCGUGGUUGUUCGAUUCUUCCUCGGUUUCGUCGAGGCUGCUUACUUCCCCGGCUGCUUGUACUUCCUCAGUGCCUGGUACACUCGAAAGGAACUGGGGUUCCGUACCGCUGCCCUAUACUCCGGUUCUUUGCUCUCAGGGGCUUUCUCCGGUCUGAUUGCGGCUGGUAUCACCGAAAACAUGGACUACGCUAAGGGCCUCCGUGCCUGGCGCUGGCUGUUCAUCAUCGAGGGUGCUGUUACCAUUGUGGUUGCGUUUGCCGCCAUCUUCAUCUUGCCCAACUUUCCCCGUACCACUGGCUGGCUGACAGAGGAGGAGAGGGAACUUGCCGUGUGGCGCCUGGAGGAGGAUAUCGGCGAGGAUGAUUGGGUCGACAGUGAGCAGCAAUCAUUCUUGUAUGGCUGCAAGCUGGCUUUCACAGACAUGAAGACCUGGGUUUUGAUGCUCAUGAUCCUGUGCAUCGUCUCUUCCGCCUCCGUGACCAACUUCUUCCCGACUGUUGUUGAAACCCUCAAGUACAACAAAAUCACUACCCUGCUCCUCACUGCUCCACCCUACUGUCUGGCCGUCAUCUGCGCCUUUGCCAACGCCUGGCACGCCGAUCGCUCCGGCGAGCGCUACUUCCACGUUACUCUACCGCUGUACAUCUCCGUUGCAGCCUUCAUUAUCGCCGCCGCCACUACCGGCACCGCACCUCGCUAUGUUUCCAUGAUGCUCAUGGUGCCAUCCUUCUACUCUGGUUACGUCGUCGCUCUAGGCUGGAUCUCGAACACUCUGCCCCGUCCUGCCUCCAAGCGUGCUGCCGCUCUGGCCGGUAUCAACUGUGUCAGUAACGCUAGUAGUAUCUACGCCAGCUACAUGUACCCCAACAGCGAUGCGCCUCGCUUUGUGCCUGCCAUGUCUGUCAACUGUGCUACCGCCUUCCUUGCUAUUGUCUCAGCCACUGUUCUCCGCUUCAUGUUGGUUCGUCUGAACAAGAAACUUGACCGUGGUGAGGCUCUCAACGGCGGUGUGCCUGGACAGGCUAGCACUCGCGGCUUCCGAUUCCUGGUUUGA